ACCAAACUGCAAAACGAUUACUCAAUAUCGAAUAUCAAAAAGAGAAAACAAACAAAGAACAGUUGACUACUGAAUAUAGUUUGACAACAUCUCCUGAACCUUUUAAUAUUCUUAUAUGGGAUCAGCAUAUGCAGAUCCCACAGGAUAUCUAUCAUUCGAUAGAAGGCAAAGCUAGAACUUUGCUAGAUGUGAUAUUUAAUAUACUUAAUGCUAGCGGUGAGGUGGCUUUCUUAAAGAGCUGGAAAACUAUUGAAAACCCUUCUUCUUAG